AUGGAAAAUAUAAUACAACUUUUUUCCAAACUUCGACUUGCUCUAGAGAAAGGUUUUGACCCAAAUUUUGUGUUAAAGCCCAAACAAAUCAUUUGCUUUGAACAACUAAUUAAUGGAAACGAUACUCUUGCGGUUUUGCCUACUGGAUAUGGGAAAUCCAUUUUGUACCAGUUACUUCAUUUUGUAAUGCCUUUACAGAAGAAAAGAAACAUAGUGAUUGUUGUUAGCCCUCUCAACGCUAUCAUUGAGGAUCAACAAAAAAUUUUGAGCCAAAGAGGUGUAGAAGUUGCUACACUUACUUAUGAAAGGGAAGAAUGUACAGAAGAUCCUUUUGCACAUUUGAAUACGGAAGAUCCUGUCGAACCAAAUUUCAAAGUUUCACAUGAAAUAAAAAAUGGAGAUAUUGAUUUUUUAUUUGGACAUCCAGAAGCAUUUUUGUCACACACAGGAAGAAAUUUACUAAAAUCAAAAAUUUAUCAGGAUAAUGUUGUUGCAUGUGUAGUAGACGAGGCACAUUGUGUGGAAUUGUGGGGACUGGAAUUUAGAAAAAGCUUUCAAGAUUUGGUUGUCUUAAACACCAUCUUUCAAGAUCGCUCUAUGCUUGCAUUAACCGCAACUGCGGGAGAUAAAAUGAUUUCCAAAAUUAUAAAAGACUUAUCUCUACAGAACUGCAAAAUUGUAAAAGCCUCACCAAAUCGUAGAAAUGUGUUUCUAAGUGUAAAAAAACGACUUCCAAACAACUAUGGUGUAAAAAGUUAUGAACAAAUUCUAUUACUAAUAGCAACAGAAUUAAACGAAACAAGACGAGAUUACCCUAUCACAAUUAUAUAUAUGGGUUUAAAAUAUUGUGGAUAUGCAUAUAAACUUUUUGAUAUGGUUAUUGAAAAUCCCUUCUGUGAAAACGAGAUAACUCCAAGAGCUAAAUUGUAUGCUCAAUUUCAUGCAUCAACCACUUCGUGUAUGAAAGAAGAUAUUUUGGAAGAAUUGAAAUCCUUAAACUCUCGAAUAAGGGUAGUAUUUGCAACCACUGCUUUUGGUAUGGGUGUUAAUGUACCUCAGGUUACUAACAUUAUUCAUAUUUCUCCCCCAUCAAAACUGGAAAGUUACAUACAAGAAAUUGGACGUGCAGGGAGAAAUGGUGCACAAUCAAAUGCCAUAUUGUACUACAACAACUCUGACAUCAGUAAAAAUAAUUUAAAAAUGGAUGAAUCAAUUAAAAAAUAUUGUCAAGAGACUGAUUGUCUCAGAAAAUCAUUGCUCAAAUACUUCAGUUUUAAAUGCGAAACACAAGACAAUUGUUGUGAAAACUGUAAUCCUACGACAACUGAAGAUUUUUCUCCUGUUCAUCAUAUACAAAUGUCAGAUAUUGAUAGAGAAUCAAUACGUUUAGAGCUAGAAAUGAUUAAUGUUGAAAAGGAAGAAGACUCUCAUUUAUUAACAUUUGAGUUUAAUUUGACACAUGAUGUUAUUGGAAAAAUUUCCAACAAUUUUCAUUUAAUAACUUGUGAACGUGAUUUAUUGCAUAAAUUUGAUGUUUGGGAUGAAAGGUAUUCGACAAAAAUUUUUGAUGUCAUCAGAAAAUAUUUGAAUCUAUAAGUAUAUAAAUAAUAUAUAUAGUUUUUAUUUCUUCUUUUAUUUUGUUGAAAACAUUUUUUAUUGGUAAGGUUGGACCAUUAGAAUUUUUGUGAAGCAGAUUGUGUAUAUAUAUACUCUAGAUAGCUAGUUUGAUUAUGCAACAAAUUUAUAAUCAAAUAAGAUUUUUGAUGGGGUCAAACAACAUUUAUCUGUAAAGAUAUUUUAGACAUCCUAUAUCAGCAAUAUUUUUUAAAGUCCAGCUUGCAAUAAAAAGUUUAUGUUUUUAUGCGUAUUCACAUUCUAAUAAUGUAUAUAUAUAUAACACAUUGUGUGUAAGAAUAUUUUACUGAUAAAUACCUAUUUCAUUUUUAUGAUUAUCAAGCCAUUUAUGAAAGUCACUCACAUUUAAAUAGCGUAGUGGAUUACUCUUUAUAUUGCAAAAGCUUGCAUGAAAUCUAUCAGGUAUCGAAUCGAAGGGUUUUACUCUCAGCAAUUCUUCAAUUAUUUCGAUCUCAUCAUUUUUACUAUUAGCAGUUGCAUGUUGAACAGAUUUUGCAUGUUUCUCCAGUUCUUUAUC